GUGACUGUGUGCAAGUGGUCAGUAGCAGCAGAAAGUGUUAGCUGCAGUCUGACUGUGCUUCCUGUGAGCCCACAGCAGGAGUUUGUCACUUCUCUUUGUAAACUCUACGAUCUCAGCUCUGCAGGGAGAACAACACAUACAUGACGCUUGAACAUGGAGGCUACAGCCAAGUAUGACUAUAAAGCCACAGCCGAUGAUGAACUCAGCUUCAAGAAGGGAGAGCAAUUGAAGAUUCUGCAGACCUCUGGAAACUGGUACAAGGCAGAACUCAAUGGAGUUGAGGGGUUUGUACCCCAAAACUUCAUCAACAUGCAUCUGCCCAGCUGGUACCAGGAAGACUCCACUCGCAGUGAUGCCCAGCAGAAGCUGAUGUCAGAGCCUGUGGGGGCCUUUCUCAUUCGGGGAAGCCAAACUGCAACCCUGGGUAACUUCUCCAUCUCUGUCAGACAUGCAGCAGAUGUGCAGCACUUCAAGGUGAUGCGGGACAGCAGAGGGCAGUAUUAUCUCUGGUCACAGAAGUUCCCUUCUCUCAACCAGCUGGUGGAAUAUUACAAAAAGAAUUCUAUCUCCAAACAUUGUCCGAUAUUCCUACAAGAGAUGGAACAACAGCAGCAAAGACACGUCUUUCCACCUCUCCCCACUCCUCCGCUCACCGACCUCCCACCCAUACCUGCGCCGCGAAAGCGUAAAGCCUCCUCCACGCUGAAGGUCAGAGCUCUGUACAGUUUCCAUGCUGAAGAGAUGGAUGAGCUGGAGUUCAGUGCUGGCGAUAUCAUUAAGGUCCUGGACUGCUCCGAUCCGGCCUGGUGGAGAGGCGAGCUGAGGGACAAGACAGGCCUGUUCCCCACCAACUACACCAAACCCAUCUGAGAGGAUCACAAACAGGCAAAUGCAUGUAAUAGUACAUUAACUGUGCCAUAUGACUAAUGCAAAUUCUUGAAACUGUACCCUGAACUUACAGAAAGUCACAACCCUAAACUAUCAGCAGUGUUGAGUGUCCUGUGACGGAAAGUGUCAGCUGCCUAGAAUAAAAAUGAAGACUAACUUGUUGGUUUAGACAACACAUGGAUCUCUGUUUCUCGUCAUGGCAAACUUACUGUUAAAGACAUAGCUCAUCACGUAAGGAGUUCACCUUGAGGUCAAUAUAUGUACAUGUCUGCUUUUACAAUGUGACUGAUGCUGAACACAAAUAAGUUGAACCGAUUACACGGUCAUGUACUGUAGUUACCUGUUAGAUCACACAUCUCCCCUUUAUUUUGCAGAAUUUGGUCUGAAUGUUUGAUAAAAAUGUAACCUACAAUAUACAAGACAUUUAUUUUCAAAAUGUUUUAUUUUUAAUAAAAAAAAACAAUGAUGACCAUCAUUA